UUUUGUCAGCGAAAUGUUACGUUUUGCAAAUAAUAAUUCAGAAAAAUUUUUUAUGAUUGAAUUUUCAAGUUUGGGAUUUAUUGGUAGAAUGUUUCAUAAUAAUUAUGAUUUGUUACAAAUGGCUCAUUUUAUUUUAUUAUUGUAUACUUCAUUACCUGUUGAUUGGAUUUUACAAAAUGUAAUUAGUUCAAAAUUUUGUCCGAUAGAUGAGGGUUGGCCAAAUUGUUAUAAAAAGGUAAUUGUUAAAAACAAUAUUAUUAACUUAUUUUACAAACUAGAAAAAAAGUUUUGUUCGAACAAGUUUUCAAACAAAUUUUAA